CGCCAACAAAAACAUGCGUCCAAAUAUUGGUAGAAGCCGCAAAGUAACUUUAAUGAUCUAACAAACAUUUAUUAACGUAUUAUGUGUGCUUCUUUUCAGCGGAUGCACCCGCCCCAGUCAUUCAAAGAAUCGUGGGUGGGUCGUUGACUACCAUCAGAGAGUACCCGGACAUGGCAGCUCUGUUGUUCUCCAGCUCCGGAGUUGGCCACAGACAGGCGUGCGGCGGCAUCAUCCUCAACAACCGCGCCACCCUUACCGCUGCUCACUGCACCAUUGGACACACAAUUGCCUGAUGGCGCGCACGUGUGGGAUCCGACUUUGCAAACCGCGAUGGAAUUGAAAUUAAUAUUGCACAAAUCAUCAACCAUCCGAGCUACAACAGGUGGACUAUUGAUAACGAUAUUGCUGUUCUCCGCAUGGCGUCCACCAUUCCCAUCGGUUCAAAUACUGUUCAGGCUGGCAGAAUCGCUGGUACCAACUAUAACCUUGGUGAUGGCCAAGUUGUCUGGGCCACUGGAUGGGGUAGGACUAGUGUAAAUGCAGAGGCUUCUGAGCAGUUACGCCACGUGCAAAUCUGGACCAUCAACCAGGCUAUUUGCAGACAGCGCUACGCUACUGUAGGCGGCUCUAUCACUGACAACAUGCUGUGCUCCGGCUGGCUGGACGUAGGCGGUCGCGACCAGUGCCAGGGUGACUCCGGUGCUGCUCUCUACCACAACGGAGUGGUCGUCGGUGUCUGCUCCUGGGGCCGCGGCUGUGCCGAUCCAUUCUUCCCUGGUGUCAACGCCCGUGUAUCUCGAUUUACUAUUGCGAGCGAUGCCCUAAACCUGACCUACAAAGUCACUAAGAGUCCCUUAGUUGUAUGA